UAAGUGGAUAGAGUGACCCUUCUAUAAGGGGUUAGGCAAUCACCAUCACAAGUGUCUCAUGUGUCUCAGCUAAGAGGAAGUGACAGACGGAGGGGGGGAAAGUGGUAACUUGAUUUUCCAUCUUACUGAGUUGAUUUUUCUCUAGAAACAGACUGCUGUUUCUCAACUGGUUCUAUACCACAGAGUUGUGCUAAAGAAGACCAAUAGGUCUGGGUCCCCAAGGAUCAACUGUUCUAAAACUCCUAACUCAUUCUGCCCACGUGACUUGGUCCUGACCACUCCCAUUUAUGUGAAGCUAGGGCCAAUCAUCUAGUGACAAAAUUUUAAUGACUAAGACUCGUGGCUGGGGUUGAGGUGCCUGAGUCAGGUUGCGGGGGUGAGGUUAUCAGUUACAGGAAGUCAAGGACUUUCGUUUCCUCUUCCGAAAGAAGGCAGGGAAUAGGAUUAACUGAGCAAGCAGCUGGGACUGACACAACCUACUUGGUCUCGGUGAGGCUGGUCUGCCAUGAAGCUGGUUGUACUUUUCUCCGGGGCCUUGCUGGGGCUACUAGCAGCUCAGGAAACAGGAAAUGAGUGGCCUCAUAAAAAGUCGGCCACUCUGCUGCCAUCGUUCACGGUGACACCUACAGCUACAGAAAGCACAGGAAGCACUGGAACAACCAGCCCCAGUACUACCGGGAGCCAGAGAACCACUACCAUAGGCACCACCAGCCACGAACCCACAACAGCCACUCACAGUCCCAUCACCACCACCAGCCAUGGCAACACCACAGUUCAUCCGACAAGCAACAGCACGGCCAGCACAGCCAGCACGGCCAGCAGCCCAGGACCCUCGACCAGUUCCCCCCACCCAGGACCACCUCCACCCUCUCCAAGUCCCAGCCCAGGCUCCAAGGCCGCUAUAGGAGAUUACACUUGGACUAACGGUUCCCAGCCCUGUGUCCACCUCCAAGCCCAGAUUCAGAUUCGAAUUCUGUACCGAACCCAGGGUGGAGGACAGGCCUGGGGCAUCUCUGUACUGAAUCCCAACAAAACCAAGGCCCAGGGGAACUGUGAGGGGGCCCAUCCCCACUUGCUUCUCUCAUUCCCCUAUGGACAGCUCAGCUUUGGAUUCCAGCAGGAGCCACUGCAGAGCACUGUCUACCUGAACUCGAUGGCUGUGGAGUAUAACGUGUCCUUCCCGCACGCAGCACAGUGGACAUUCUCAGUUCAGAAUGCAUCCCUUCGAGAACUCCAAGCCCCACUGGGCCAGAGCUUCAGUUGCAGAAAUGCGAGCAUCAUUCUUUCACCAGCUUUCCACCUCGACCUGCUCUUCCUGAAGCUACAAGCUGCUCAGCUGCCCAGUACAGGGGCCUUUGGGCCAAGUUUCUCCUGUCCCAGUGACCAGUCCAUCUUGCUGCCUCUCAUCAUCGGCCUGAUUGCCCUUGGCCUUCUCGCCGUGGUGCUUGUUAUCUUCUGCGUCUGCCGGAGACGCCAAUCCACCUACCAGCCCCUCUGAGCAUUUGUCCCAACACCCAGGGCACCAGGGGAUGCCCUCAUUUCUGAGCACUCAACUGACUCAGAGACAGUUAUCUUCUUUCCCUCUCUGUAGUAAAGAAGAAAAGUAGAUAAUGCAACUGGGAGGGAUGAGGGGAGAUGUUUAUUAAACGUGACAGAUUCCCUGCCCCAACUCCCAGUGGGAGAAGAGUAAAACCUACUCAAAUUUG